UUUUUAAACUCUUUGAAUUAAAAUGUUUGAUUGAUUUUCAUGUAUCGAUGGGUAAAAAUGUUAGAUUACGCGCAUGUGUCCUCUAGUAUUUCCGGUGUUCGUUACACUACCUUCCGACAGGGUAUCUCUGUUAUGCUCGAGGUGAACUCGAAGCUAUUCUAAUUAACUCUCGCAUGUCAUUUAAAUUCAUUGAGAAACACCAUAUUUUAAUAUAAUGAAUACUUUUAGCGCUGAAUGUGCUCACCCUUUUUACAAUGCGAAAAAGUAGCAACAUUUGGCUGUCCUCAAAUCACAAGAAGCUAAUACUUUAGCAAGGAUAAAGCCGACGUUCGAGUUAAGUUUAUUGUACAGAGUAAGUAACGUCGCCUAAAUAUUUUUUUACGUUUCGUGUGAGUCGGGUUUCCUGUUAUACAACAACUAUAGUUCGUUAAAAAAAAACAUUACACAGUUGUGACCUACUGCAUGAAGCAUCUACAAUAGUAAAAAAUGGGUUUUCAUCAAACCCCCGCCAAUUCAUGCCGCCCAUUCGCCGCCUGAAAAGAGCUCUGCCGCAUCACGAGAAGAUCAACCUCCUGGAUAUGCUCGAAGGUGGGAAAAGUUGUGCCGAAGUUGCCCGUCAUUAUGACUUGAACGAGAGUACAGUCCGAUACAUAAAGAAGAAGGAGACGGAAAUAAGGAUGGCCCAUAACGAACUGUUGAAGAUGACGGGUCUUGGCAAUUGUAAAACAAGCGAUCAGAAUGUUGCAGAUGGUGGCCAACCCGCUUGGAACUUCUCAGAGAGACGUUUACGCAGCUUCAAAAGUCGUAAAUGUACAAAUGCAAACCUCCAACCUCAGGUCUCCACCGGAAGGCCCAAAAGAAAAACACAAUCAAACCUGACUUGCGUUUCAUCAGCUACAUCAGAUGGGGAUGAAGCAGAAGCAGAAGUGGAAGUCGUCGUAGAAGACGAUGAAGGGGAAAACAAGGAAGAUGUAGAAGACAAUAACGAUGAAGAAAACGAUGUCGAUGACAAAGGUCAUAUUGUAAAAAAACUGAGAAAACUGGAGGGAAAGGACUCAGUAUUGCAGACGAAAGAGUGCAUUGCAGAGGAGGCAGAGCACAUGUAUGACACCCACAUUUGCCCCGAGUGUCGGCGCUGUUUCAAGAUGCGCUCCCAUCUCCAAGAACACCUGCAUUUGCAUUAUCCCGACCCAGGUCUGCAGUGUCCCACCUGCGAGCGCUUCUUCACCAGCCGGAGCAAACUGCGCGUGCACCAGCUGCGCGAGGCGGGCGAAAAAGCCCACCAUUGUCAUUUAUGCGACUACUCCGCCGUGGAGCCAAAUGCCAUCCGUCGCCAUCUCGUCACCGUCCACGCGGACGAAAUGGAAGAGGACGCAACGCACCACCGCUAUCCGUGUCCCACUUGUGGUCAAAGCUUUGGCCAGAGCGGGACGCUGAAGGCUCACAUGAAGACUGAGCACGCCCGAGCACCCAAAACGGCGGUGGCGUGCUUUCACGAUGGUUGUCCUUUCCGGAGUCAUCUGCGCAGGGCUCACAUGCGACACUCGGCGGAGGAGCACGGGAUCACGGCGGUAGGGUGUCCCCAUCACGCCUGCGUUGCCGUCUUUCCCAGCGAGAACCACAUGGAAACUCACUUCAAGACUCACCUCGCUUACCACUGCUCGCAGUGUGAUUUCUCGUGUUCCAACAAGGCCGCCUUCCUGCGGCAUCAACGGCAGGGCCACGCAGGCAGUGAGAAACUCUGCUGCGACUUUUGUGACUUUUCGACAUUCAACCCGGUGCAAUUCAAACGACACAUUGGACACUUGCACGCCAAUGAGAAGAUCCACCGGUGCUCACAGUGUAGCUACGUGACAUCACACAAGAGAGCCUUGAAUCGACACAUGCUGACGCAUAGUGGUGAGAAGCCCCACAAGUGUCAAUUGUGCGACUUCCGGUGCCGAGACGAGUCAUACCUCUCCAAGCAUAUGCUCACACACUCGGACGACAGGAACUUCAUAUGUGAGGAAUGUGGAUAUGUCACUAAAUGGAAGCACUGUCUGAACAUCCACAUGAGGAAGCAUGCAGGAGACCUCAGGUAUGAGUGUGAUCAAUGCCCAUAUCGUUGUCCCCGCAUGGACCAGCUCAACAGCCACAAACUACGACAUCAGGCCAAAUUGCUCAUGUGCGAACUCUGCGCCUAUGCCUGCAGACGCAAAUGUGAGCUUCGUAAGCACAUGUUAGCCAAACAUUCGGGAGCGGGACGGCAAGCAUCUGUGCACCAGUGCAAAUAUUGCACGUACACGACACGUUUCCUGCAAGCCCUUCAAAACCACGAGAACUGUAAACACACCAGACUGAAACAAUACCGCUGCGCUCUCUGUCCCUAUUCUUCGUACAGUAGCAUCAGCCUCUUCCUGCACAAGAGAAAAGCUCAUGGUUACGUGCCCGGUGACAAAGUAUGGCUGGAGAAUUAUGCGGCAAAAGAGAGGGAGAGAUCCUCAAACAGCAUGCGCGAGGACUCGCUGGUUGCUCAAGAAACAUCCGCCGUGUCCACCAAAAAAUCCAUUCCGACAGAGGCGUCUGAUUCCAAGUCUCCACGAGAUCCAUUUGCCGGCCAGGCUGCUGAAGUUCGCUCAAUGGCUGUUCCGCGACUGGAUGCUGAUGAUGUCCCGCGUCAGGAGGGGACCACAGAAGGAAUAUCGCAAAGUUCUCCACCUGAUACCGGUCCAGAAUACUGCACUCUUGUUUUAACAACUUUGACCCCCGAAUGUGAAAGAUUUCUGCUGCCAAAGGAGGAUGCAACUUGUCAUAUUAUGUCCACUAACACAGAUUUGGCUACGACCAACCCGGCAGAAGAUGAGAUAAAGACUGUUCAUGAUGAGAGUGAAAAAUGUUCCUAUGAAUCUGAGAAUGAAACUCCAGAAUCACCGCCAGAGAAAAAUCGAGUCUUGGCACACGAUUGCCUUUCCAAUCCUCAAAGAAAGCAAGAUGACGCUCUGGUUCUCGACGGCAGAGUCCAGAUUCUGGCAGUGGCAACUGAAGAUGUUUAUCGCUGUGACCAGUGCUCUUAUGUCACCAAGAAUGAGAAGACUCUUCAGCGCCACCGUCGGUCUUUGUGUUGCGGUCGACAGCGGUAUCACAAAUGCCGGGCCUGUGGUGCCCAGUUCAAACAGCGACGGGGCCUCGACGGGCACCUUGCCAAGAAGUGUCCACAGACGUUGAUUGGCAAAAGAGCCGCACAAAUAGAAGACAACUGUACUCCCAGUCAGGACACGUCUGAAAAACCACGAGGAGCUCAGGCUCACCAUGAUGUCUCUGUUCUUAGUGUCUUGACAUCCGGUGAUCCAGAGCAUUAUCCAAGUCAGCAUGGAGACGUUUCGGUACGUAGGAACGCAGAGCAUCCCAGGAAACUCACGUGCAACUUUUGCACCUAUUCAUCGGUCAGGCUGGCAGCGUUUAAUCGACAUGUUUCCAUUUGCCGAAAAAGGGGAAAAUGCAGUCGAAGCGUCGGUGUGUCGGGCAAAGAAAAACAACCUAUUGAGGAGGGGCCUGUGACAGAUUCUUCCGGUGUGCCUGAAGGCGGACUGGGAAAUGCUUUAGCCCUCCAGGAAGAGCCCAAGGUCAACCAGAGUUCCAGCUGUGCUGUUGAGCCAAAGCAUUUACACCAGAACUCUUCCCUGGAGCAACAAGGACACAAGGCACAAAAGCAAACGGGUACUUCAUCCCUUCAUACUUGCCCUUACUGUCCUUUCGCCACCUCAAGGCGCUACCGUUUGGAAGAGCACCGGUCCCUUCACACGGGAAGCGGACGCCACGCCUGCGAUGUCUGCGACAAGACAUUCGGGGCGGCCAACAAGCUUCGCCAGCACAAGGGACGUGUCCACGACAGGCGACCCGCUCUGCCGUGCUCGUUUUGCGACUACGGCGGCUACACGGCGGACGAUUUGAGGCGGCACACUCGCAGGUGUCACACGGGGGACUUAAAUCAUGACUGCGCUGAUUGCGAGGCUCACUUCAGUUCGGAAUCUGCUCUGAGGAACCACCGCAUACGAGCGCACCGGCGGCGGCGUUUUCCCUGCCAGCGGUGCGACUACACUUGCGGCAGCAAGGCCGCAUUGAGGAGCCAUCGACGCAGCGAGCACCGGGAGUCGUUCGGUACCAAAGACAAUAUUGAGGCUCAUCUUAGAACCCAGCUGGCCCACCGCUGCCAGCACUGUCCCUUUGCCGGCAAAACCGGGCGGCUCCUUGCACAGCACCUUCUGGAUGAGCACGAGGAAGGGUCCCCCUCAGACAAACCGUUGCGCUGCGGAAGCUGCGCGUUUGCUUGUCGGCACUCGCUGGUGUUGGAACAGCACCUGCGUUCCCAUGGAGGCAAGCGCGUGUACAAGUGCGUGGACUGCAAGUACUCGACGGGCAACAAGCAGAAGAUUACCUGGCACGUUCGCAUACAUACGGGGGAGAAGCCAUACAGGUGUGAGCAUUGUAGCUAUGCCUGCGUCGAUCCCUCCAGGCUGAAGCUUCAUAUGAGGGUCCACCGAGAAGAGAAAAAGUACCUUUGUCCUGACUGCGGCUACAAAUGCAAGUGGGCCACUCAGCUGAAGUACCACAUGACCAAGCAUACAGGGGAGAAGCCGUACGGCUGCGACCAGUGCGACUACCGCACCAACCGAGCGGACGCCCUCCGUGCCCACCGGACCACCCGGCACUGCGACGUGCGGGCCUUCGUCUGCGAGAAAUGCGGCAAAGCCUUCAAGACCAGCUUCAUUUUGAAGACCCACCAGCGGCAGCACGGUGACCAGCGACCGUACGCCUGCGGCGUGUGCCACAAGGCCUUCCGCUGGCCCGCCGGUCUCAGGCACCACUUCCUGACGCACACCGAGCAGCUGCCGUUUGGCUGUUGUCACUGUUCAUAUCGGGCCAAGCAAAAGUUUCAGGUGGUCAAACAUUUGCAGAAGCACCACCCCGGGAUGCCCGUCGAGCAGGGGGUGGUGAGGGACUUGGACACCGGUGGCCUCACCCUGAAGGAGGCCAUGCAAGGAACGCUGACCGGUAGGGGAACAGAGGAGGAGCAAGAUCGAGAAACGAUGAGCAGCGGACAGACUGUGAGUUCAAGUCUAUCAAAUGUUAAUAAUUGAUGGCGUCUUAAUGUUGCGGUCAAAAAAUUGGACACUUUGGGGUCUACCAAUUCACCUUAAAGCUCCUGUCAUGUCGUGGGGUUGGGGGGGGAUUUAGCCCAGGUUAGUUUUGUAAAACUGAAAGACCAAAUAUUCUGCCUGGCUUGUUCUCAUCUCCUUUUAUGAUAUACAGCAAUCAAGCUAAUCACGUCACAAAACAGGGGACAUAUUUUAAUACGUAAUAAAAAAUAUAGAGGAGAACUAGGCGAGCAGAGCAAUUUGCAUUUUUGUUUGCUUGUUUUUAUAGUGAACACAGGUCCAUUUGACCCGCAACAACACAAAAGGUUUGAGUAUAUCCUAAAAAAAAAAAAAAGUCAGUUGUCACUGAAAAGAAUAUCUAUUUUUACAGUGAAUGAAUGAGCAGCACAUCAUCAUAAAACCAUACUGACGUUUA